AUUUAAUAAAAUAAUUAUUAUUUAUUAUGUUUUUAUAAUAGAUGUGUUUUAGUAAGUAGUUUUUACUUUGUAUUAUGAGGAUUAGUCCUAUAUUAUGCUGGUUAAUUAGGACUCCUAUAGUUUUUUCUUAUAAACCUUAUCCUUCCAGUUUUAAAUUGAGAGCUAAUAUUCCAAUGGCGAGAGGAAAUGAGGAUUUUGGUUCAAUUAAGCCAAAAUUUAUCGAUAUCGGUGCAAAUUUAACUGAUUCUCGAUAUCGAGGUUAUUAUAACGGUUCCCUUAAACACGAUCCUGAUCUCAAUAGUGUAUUGGAGAGAUCUAAGAGCGUUGGAAUGGAAAAGAUAGUUAUUACUGCCGGGUGUUUGGAGGAAGUUCAUCAAGCUUUGGACUUGUGUAACACUUAUGAUAAGGAGUGCAAAUAUUUGUUCACGACUGUUGGAGUACAUCCGACUCGUUGUAAUGAAUUUGUGAAGAAUAAAUAUAAUAAAACUGAAUCUGAGUAUUUGGAGGCCCUCGAUAAUCUAAUUACUCAGAAUAGAGAUAGAGUUGUAGCCAUUGGCGAAUUAGGCCUUGAUUAUGACCGUUUAAACUUUUGCAAUAAACAAACACAAAACAAGUAUUUUGAGUAUCAAUUGGAAUUAUCAAGAAGGCACAAAUUACCUUUAUUUUUACACAUGAGAGAAGCAACAGCUGAUUUUAUGGAUAUAUUGAGGAGAAAUAGAGACAAAUGGGAGUUAGGUGUGGUCCAUAGUUUCACAUCAGACUUAAACUCUCUGGAAACUGUAUUAAAAGAGGACUUAUUCAUUGGUAUUAAUGGAUGUUCACUUAAAACAGAUUCUAAUCUACAAACUGUUAAACACAUUCCUCUCAACAAACUACUCUUAGAAACAGAUUCACCGUGGUGCGGUAUUAAGAGUACACAUUCCAGUAGUAAAUAUGUGAAGACUAAAUUUAAUACAGUGAAGCGACCGGAACAAAUGACACCAGAAACUGUUCUCACUAUAAGAACUGAACCUUGCCACAUACUAAAUGUAGCAGAAGUUGUGCACCAGUUAAUUGAUCCAAACAUGGACUUUACACAGUUUACCAACCAGAUUUAUGAGAAUACACUAAGAUUGUUUACCAAGCUGAAAUAAACGAAGUUCUUGGAAUUUCUUAUGAUUCCACGUGUUUUUACAUUUAAAAACCUGUAAAUUUAAUUUUUUAUUAUUUUUAA